CCCCCCCCCCCCCCCCCCCCCCCCCCCCCCCCCCCCCCCCCCCCCCCCCCCCCCCCCCCCCCCCCCCCCCCCCCCCCCCCCCCCCCCCCCCCCCCCCCCCCCCCCCCCCCCCCCCCCCCCCCCCCCCCCCCCCCCCCCCCCCCCCCCCCCCCCCCCCCCCCCCCCCCCCCCCCCCCCCCCCCCCCCCCCCCCCCCCCCCCCCCCCCCCCCCCCCCCCCCCCCCCCCCCCCCCCCCCCCCCCCCCCCCCCCCCCCCCCCCCCCCCCCCCCCCCCCCCCCCCCCCCCCCCCCCCCCCCCCCCCCCCCCCCCCCCCCCCCCCCCCCCCCCCCCCCCCCCCCCCCCCCCCCCCCCCCCCCCCCCCCCCCCCCCCCCCCCCCCCCCCCCCCCCCCCCCCCCCCCCCCCCCCCCCCCCCCCCCCCCCCCCCCCCCCCCCCCCCCCCCCCCCCCCCCCCCCCCCCCCCCCCCCCCCCCCCCCCCCCCCCCCCCCCCCCCCCCCCCCCCCCCCCCCCCCCCCCCCCCCCCCCCCCCCCCCCCCCCCCCCCCCCCCCCCCCCCCCCCCCCCCCCCCCCCCCCCCCCCCCCCCCCCCCCCCCCCCCCCCCCCCCCCCCCCCCCCCCCCCCCCCCCCCCCCCCCCCCCCCCCCCCCCCCCCCCCCCCCCCCCCCCCCCCCCCCCCCCCCCCCCCCCCCCCCCCCCCCCCCCCCCCCCCCCCCCCCCCCCCCCCCCCCCCCCCCCCCCCCCCCCCCCCCCCCCCCCCCCCCCUCCCCCCCCCCCCCCCCCCCCCCCCCCCCCCCCCCCCCCCCCCCCCCCCCCCCCCCCCCCCCCCCCCCCCCCCCCCCCCCCCCCCCCCCCCCCCCCCCCCCCCCCCCCCCCCCCCCCCCCCCCCCCCCCCCCCCCCCCCCCCCCCCCCCCCCCCCCCCCCCCCCCCCCCCCCCCCCCCCCCCCCCCCCCCCCCCCCCCCCCCCCCCCCCCCCCCCCCCCCCCCCCCCCCCCCCCCCCCCCCCCCCCCCCCCCCCCCCCCCCCCCCCCCCCCCCCCCCCCCCCCCCCCCCCCCCCCCCCCCCCCCCCCCCCCCCCCCCCCCCCCCCCCCCCCCCCCCCCCCCCCCCCCCCCCCCCCCCCCCCCCCCCCCCCCCCCCCCCCCCCCCCCCGCCCCCCCCCCGUCCCCCGCCCCAAAUCCCUCCCCCCCACCUUAAAAUUCGGCCAACCCAUACACAUGUGA